AGGCAGCGAGGGCCAAAGUGUGAACUUUUUACUUCAGCAACGGAAGGGAGAAAUCAGUGAUUCAUUAAAGCACAGACCUCCUUGGAAGCUGGCAGAAGAGGAGGAAAGGAAGCUAAUUAUGUCUCCCUUUUUUUGUGCUUGCUCAGACCAGUUUAUAAUCUGCUGGUGUGGAGGGUUUAUCCUCAGCAUCUUCUGCUUUCUGCCCCAGCUCUCCCCUUCUUCUGGGAGCCAGAGAGGGAAGAAAAAAGUCAGCUAAGCACCAGACUCCAGGUGGCUCUCAAGUACUUCACUGCCAAAAGAAAAAAAAAAUCCUAUGCUGGAAAACCAGUGAGAAAGGGGCUCCCCGGAGGGGAUUGGUUCAGGCUGGAAGACAGCAAAAUUCAGAAAGCCUGAGGAUACAGCCCUCGCCGGUGGCCUGCGCAGCAGCGAGCACAAGGACGCUUUUGCAGCAAUUAGCUGGAGCUGGAGGCUCAGCAGGGCGGAGGUUGCGGUGCCGUGGUGCAAGGAAGGGACCAGCAGCCCCCCAGCUCCUCACAGAGUCAUCGCGCUCUCUUCUCCUCGCUCCCCUGCUCUCCCCACUCUCGCCCCUUCCCUCCUCCUCCCUCUCCCUGGCGUUCCCAGCAGCCCAGGGUUUCAGAUGUCCCACCGCAGUUUGACCCCCUCCCCCCGCUUCUCCACCCCUGCAAAUGAGGUUUGACCAGCAGAGGCAGAGCCCACCUCUGGCUUAGAAUCACUGACAUUUAGACUCCAGGCUUCAACCUGUUUACAAGCGGGCUUUCCAAAGGAAAGGGGGGUUGGGGGGGGGAGGGAAAUAGGGCCAAACAAAACACCAACCGCCAUCCCCCCAAACAAGAAGUGACUUUCUGCAGGCUUCAAAUCAACAGGCACCACCAAAAAGAGAAAGCGAGAGAGAGAGAGAAGAAAACAGCACGACCCGGCAGCUGCCUCCAGUUCUGACAACUCCGAAGGGACGCACUUUUAGAACUGGGGAGCGGGCUGGGGCUGUGCGGAGAGGGACCAGAAGGUGCCAACCACAGACGGGCGCAGCUCUCUCCCCCAGCCUCCCACCCCAACCCCUUUGGGUUUUGUUCACCGUGCUGUCAUCUGUUUCUCAGACCUUUUUUUUUUUUUUUCUUUUACAUCUAACAUGGUGAAGAAAGGGGUGAAGAAGAGAACAAAGUAACUCCUGGGGGAGUGAAGAUCGCUGGUGACCGGCACCACCACCUCCACCAAACAGCUCCUGCUACUGCGGCCACCCACGUCCACGGGUCACUGGGAGACUUGAGAGGCGCAGGGUAGCAGAUCCGAGCAAGGAGAGGCAGCCGGCCCUUCCGAGGAGUUAUGGAUGUUGGUGUAUUCACUUCUGGCCAGAUCCGCACCCAGAGGGAGCUAACCAGCGGCCACCACCUCCAGCUGUCUCCUUGCCUCGCACCAGGUCUUACCCUUCCAGUAUGUUCCUUCUGAUAAGACAAUUUCCAGUGCCGAGAGUUUCAGUACAAUGUGGAAAUGGAUACUGACACAUUGUGCCUCAGCCUUUCCCCACCUGCCGGGCUGCUGCUGCUGCUUCUUGUUGCUGUUCUUGGUGUCUUCUGUCCCUGUCACCUGCCAAGCCCUUGGUCAGGACAUGGUGUCACCAGAGGCCACCAACUGCUCUUCUUCUUCUUCCUCCUCCUCUUCCUCCUCCUCCUCGUCGUCGUUGUCGUCGUCGUUGUGGUCGUCGUGGUCCUCCUUUUCCUCUCCUUCCAGUGCGGGGAGGCAUGUGCGGAGCUACAAUCACCUCCAAGGAGAUGUCCGCUGGAGAAAGCUAUUCUCUUUCACCAAGUACUUUCUCAAGAUUGAGAAGAACGGGAAGGUCAGCGGUACCAAGAAGGAGAACUGCCCGUACAGUAUCCUGGAAAUAACUUCAGUGGAAAUCGGAGUUGUUGCCGUCAAAGCCAUUAACAGCAACUAUUAUUUAGCCAUGAACAAGAAGGGGAAGCUCUAUGGCUCAAAAGAAUUUAACAAUGACUGUAAGCUGAAGGAGAGGAUAGAAGAAAAUGGAUACAACACCUAUGCAUCCUUUAACUGGCAGCACAACGGGAGACAAAUGUAUGUGGCACUGAAUGGAAAAGGAGCCCCCAGGAGAGGACAGAAAACACGAAGGAAAAACACCUCAGCUCACUUUCUUCCAAUGGUGGUACACUCAUAGAGGAAGGCAGUGUUUGUGGGUGCAGUAGAACCAAAGGCUCUCUUGCCAGGAAUAGUGGGUACUCUUCAUGAAGACAGUAGCUCAAAAGGCAAAGACGCAUUGCAGAUGUCUGCUUGCUUGAAAGAAAGGAAGUCUUUGAAGGUUUCUGUUCUCACUGCUGACAUAUGAUGUUCUUUUAAUUAGUUCGGUGUUAUGCCUUAUAAUCGAGAUACAGGCAAAUCAAAUGGGAUGGAAGUUAUUCCUAAGUGAACAACAUUGUCGCUGGGUUUUUUGGUUAAGGUUUUGUUUAUGUUUUUGCUUUUUUAACUUCUGAAAUAGGACUUAAAGGACAUGAAACAAUCUGUUGAAUGAUCUUCAGAAAAGUUAUUUAUGGAAUACGAACUCAUAUCAAAGACUUUCAUUGCUCAUUCAAGCCUAAUGAUUCAAUGAGCAGUAAGACACGCAAGCAUUUACUGAAAAGCACUUGGGUCAUAUUAUAUGCACAACCAAAGGAGCUUUGGGCGUGGCAUCAUGGAAGCAUUGGAUAGGAUUGAAAAAUGUAAACAUGUUAGUGUAAAACUGUUCUAACAAAACAAAUAGUAUGAUAUGCUUGUGCAUUCUGCCUUCAUCCCUUUCUAUUUCUAAGUUAUUUAUUUAAUAGGAUGUUAAAUAUCUUUUGGGGUUUUAAAGAGUAUCCUCAGCAGCUGCCCUCUGAUUUACCUUUCCUUUUUCUUCAGCACACCACAUGCAUGUUCGUGACAAAGUGUUUUUAAAACUUGGCAAACACAUCAAUAACAGGAGAUGAGAUGGGGGAAGCAGUGUGGGUGCCCAUGUACUAUCAGUGGACUUUAAUUUGCACUCCUGCACUAAGAACCAUCAACAGUAAAUACGACAGUGCGUGGCAUGGCUUGAGUGAGAGAUGUCUGCCAUCAUUUAAAAGCAUGUAUCACUGCUAAGGCUUCCUUUCCUAAGAAAUAGACCAGAAGGCUAAAUUGUUCUCUCCCAAUACAUCAAUGGGUCUCCAAGAAUAUACUAAAAGAAGGGAAAUUAAUUGUUAAAUGCAUUUUAGUAGCCUAGCCUCAUUAUUUACUAACAAUUUUCUGCCGUAUGCCACCGCGAUAAGUGAUGAAGAGGCUGCCUGCAUAUGGAAGAACCCUUUAUGAGUCCCACAUAGUGCAUCUCCCCCAAAGGAACUAUCAAGGAAUUUGGUAUUAAGUACAACUCUCCCGAGGGCUUAAUCUGAGAAAAUAUAUCCCGGUAUAUGUGUAACCAUAUACUGAAACCUGUUUAAGCUGUAUGAUCCAGUCUUUACAAAACCAAAUAAAACUUAUUCUCUGUAAAUUUAAAGAGCUUUGGGAGGUUCCGUAAUGCAACCAUAUCGAAAUUCAGUUUGUUAGAGCAGGUAUAGGGAACGGGACGUAAACGUGUACCAGUCCUCGUCACCUUGUAUUCCACUAAAUAAAUGCAUAAGCCUUAUUUGCAGUGUCUAUAGUGAUGUUAAAAAUGUAGAAAAAUACUCUUUGUUCUAAAUACUUCAAGAGAUAACUAUAAGAGUAUGCUGAAGCUGCAGUUUUAUCUUCAUAUUUCUUGUUUUGAAAAGGUCUGGUUAUUGUUUGGAUACAGCAUUUUGGUUCAAGGAAAAGACUCACAAAAUGUGUCUUUUUACUAAAGUUUAACCACUAUUAAGGCUGGUGUUUUGUGAUCUUCUCUUAUAACUUAAUUGUGUCAAUGCUUAACCAGCACUUUCAGUUAAUAGAUUAUUUAAGAAUUAGCUUUAUUAAGAAACUUUCCCAUAAAAGGUGAUAUUUUUCUCAGUCCUUAAAAAAGUUGGGAUUUCAAAAGAAGUGAAUUUGAGACAGUGUUUUGGCUUAUGGUUAAAGUUGCAUUUCAUGGGUCUUGGCUUCCAACUUGCUUUGUGACAAAUGGGAUACUAAAAAUGUUUAAUUUUUGUGGUUGGAAUCUGUAAGUUAAAAUUUAAUUGGUAACCAAGUCUGAGAGCUGUAAUGUAAUGCAUUCCUAUUGGAACUAGGUUAUCUUUGUUCUUUGACUUUAAAGUAAUAAUUGCACCUGACACAUGAACGUGGACCACCCACAACCAAAAUUAAACGUUUGAUGAGACAAAUAUAGUAUGAGAUGACCACGGUAACAGCACAUAGGGUACAAACUAGAUUCAUAUUUCACAUAGCCAUUUAGAUUACCAAAGAGACUACGUGUAAACAGUCAUCAUUACAGUACUCAAAAACACUAAAACAGCUUCUAGCAAAAUGUAUCAAAGCCUGCAGAAGCCAAAAAUAGAAAACAUCUCCCUCAACUCUCCCCACUCCACACACACAAACACACAUGUCGACAGAGAUACAGACACAGUUUGGUAAGGAGUAAUGAGAUUCUCCUGCAUUUAAAAAUGGCAUCUUUGCUUGAUAUUGAAAGAGAUUUCGGGUCCCCUUUGCAGCUGGAUUGUGCUGCUGAAGGAAAAGCAGUUCCAGCCCAAAGAAUGUACAUUUUCAAAAAAAUGUCAUCACAAUUUUGGGAGCUCUGCCUCUGUGGGAAUUUGAACUCCCUGCCACAAUGUCCAGGUACACAAGUGUGUGCCCGUCUGAGUGCUGGUUCUGAGGAGAUUCCUCAUAAAGAUAUAGAAUCCCUCUCCUCCUACCUCCCAAAAGACUGAACAGUGUAUAGCAUGUUACAUUUAAAUAAAUUAAUAAAAACUUCGGGAAAAGAAAAGAAAAAUAGUGUCCUUGUUUAUUUUAUUAGCCUAAAACUAUACCUGGUAAUAAAGAGAGAAGCUCAAGUGUUGUGUGCAUGGCAGGAUGUGGUUAAAUGCCCCACAGCUCCAAACAACAACAAAACAACAGGAAAAAAAAUCACUCAAACAUUUGUAAGGUUUGUUUAAUGUUUUACAUGUGUGAGUCAGCUAUCCUUACUCUAAUAACAACCAAAUGCUUUCGAUUUUCCCUAAGUAUUCAGGUCCACCUAGUUUACACAGUGGAUAAAGAAGGGUGAAUUGAAAACAAGACGGCUUGUGAAACAAUGAAGCGUUGGGAGGAAACCCAGGAGGCUACAAAAUGUGAUUUCAAGGGGAUAGGGUAGGCCAGUGAAUGUGAUUUGAAAAGUAGAGACAGAAAAAAUACAUAAUAAGUUGUGUCCAGGGCCCAAGCAAGGCUAUGGAGACUAUUUAAAUAGACAAACAUCCAUGCUGCACAUGUUUAAUAAUGUUGACGUCGUUCAUUCAGGGUUUAUGAUUAUUCACAAAAGUAAAAUUUACCUUUUCCUUAUCGGCGAAGUCGGAGCUUUGUUUAAAUAAUUGCAAGCCAUGAAAUAUUUAAGAGAAGAUAUCUAGUGCAUUAGGAGUAACAUUUGCAUGCAAACAAAUACCAUAUUGAUUAAGAAUUCUUGUCUAUUUCGUUAGGACUUAUGCAGCUUAAACUAAACAGUAAGAAAAAAAAGAGGACUGUUUUGGAAGGAUACUGGGGAAAAAAGGACAACUCUUGAGUUCCACCAGAACUGGAACAUGAAGCAACUAAGAUUUGUUUCCUCUCGAGCACUCAUUUCCUCUUAUCUCUGAUUGGCUUUACUUGCUUGGCUGCUGCUUAUGUUCAAUUUACUUCUUUCCAACUCCAAAACCCAAAACCUAUUUCUCAAGAUCCUAAAAUGGAAACAUCCUAGGUAUGACUCCCACUGGCCAAGUGUGAAAAACAUUACCUUUAAGAGCUAUGGGUAUGACAAGGGAUAUGGGCACUGUGAUUGACCAAGCUUCAGUCACAUGACUAGAAUGACAAGGUAUGAAUUCUAGCAGCCUACAUAAUCGGAACUAAGGAAAGACAGUUCACCAAACAAAGUUCAGUGCUGGGCAGUGCAAAAACAAAACAGGUCUUAGCUAUAUCUAUUUAAAUGAGACUACUGACUUACACAUACACCUUUUAACCUUGCAUUUUUCACUAAUUCAAAUUAGCCUUCACCUAUUUAUUCAAAUCAGAGAGGUCAGAAGAUUUUUCUUUCAUGCAAUUUUUUAAAAGGGAAAGAUUGUAUUUGUUUUUCUUUGUUUUAAGGCCAAGAGUAGGACCCUGAAUGGCCGGGCUCACUGUAAUUCUGCAAACUUUAUAGAAUGAUAACUGAGAUGAAUGCAAGUUUUCACUGAAUAAAAAGGUGUUCCUCCUACUAAAUAUCAAUCUAUAUAACAACAUAACAUUAUGAGUAUUUUUUUAAGUUUAUCCCAGGAGUCUGUACUAGUAUUUUCAAGUAUAUCAACAUGUAGA